GUAUCGUUUGAUUCCUCGUUAAGUCACGAUGUUUUCGAUCGUCUGUCUCGGAUCAGGGCCUAUGUUAAAGCACUGCAUGCGGGCUUCCAUGUGUUACAGCAUGGCGCGACCUCAACCAAAACUAGAUGCAAAUCACACCAAGGGAAGGUUCAACUCAUGCGUGGCAGUAGUCACCGGGGGAGCCUCGGGUAUAAACAGGGCGUGUGUCAGUCGUUUCCUCAAUGACGGUGCGUCCGUUGCCUUCCUCGACAUCGACCAAGAUUCGGGGAAACAGUUGGAGUCUGAGCUUAAGGGGGAGGGGUUAGACGCCGCAUAUUACCACGUCGAUGUGUCUAACAGGGACGCGUGUUCCAAGGCCGCGGUAGACAUAGCAGACAAACAUGGUGGCAGCAUUAACUAUGUGAUAAACGGCGCUGCGUGUUUUAUCUUCAAGGGUAUGGACGCAUCCACGUCAGACUGGGAGAAGACGCUGAACGUGAACGUGGUUGGAUAUGCAAACAUGGUACAGGCAUGUCACCCCUACAUGAAGAAAGCCGAGCCGGGCUGCCGCGCUGUCGUUAAUAUUGCCAGCAUCACGGGACACGUACCAAAACGAAAUCGCUGGACAUACGACGCCAGUAAAGGAGCUGUCUUGCAACUGACCAGGUGUAUGGCUCUUGAUCUGGCCAAAAACGGGAUAAGGGUCAACUCGGUGUCCCCGGCAGUAAUAAAUACACCUUCGACCCACUAA